AUUUAUAAACACUUUUUCUUUCAAUCUAACAUUUUUAUUUCGCGCAUUUCAAUCGAUUUCGAGUGGUUGUGUCAGUUUUGGUUGUAAAAUGAAAAAGAUCUACUUCAGAUAUGUCGCGUUUAAAAUGAUUUAUUAUUUUUCGUACGCCAAAGUUUUUUAUUUAACUUUAAAAUAAAUUUAAAAUAGGUGUUAUUCGGUUGUUAUCGUUUUAGUCGGAGGUUCGGUUUCGUUUUCGUUUUACCCCGAAAGAAACCGAUAAAGAAGUACUCGGUUAAUCACGACUUUGUGUUUAAGUUUAGUUAACUAGUUAGUUGAUUAGAAUUCGUGUUGAGGUGAAGUUUAAAAGGUUUAAAGAAACAAAUAUAUAUAAAAUAAAGUUAAAGGAAGUAAUGAGAAAGACAAAUAUGGAUGAUAUUAAACCACUUUUAUCUUUUGGUGAUGAUUAUUUGAGUGACGCAGCGGAAUCGAUGGGUUUCGAACCCUUAAUAAAUCAACUAUCCAACGAAACUCAACCCAUAUUAACCGAAAAAGGUGAUACAACCCAAAAGCUUAUCAAGAAGCAACCUCACGAAACAAUCCGCAUAAAAAUAGUUGGUAUGACAUGUCAAUCGUGCGUUCGAACGAUAGAAGACACCUUAUCGAACCGUCCAGGAAUUCAAACCAUUAAAGUGAACCUCGCUGAUAAUUCGGCUUUAAUCGUCUAUGACUCGACCGCAAUUAAACCGCACGAAAUACGCGAUGCCAUCGAUGAUAUGGGUUUUGAGGCAUCGUUACCGUUGUUAGUGGACGAAGAACCGAGCGAGUGCGUGGUUAAAAUCGAAGGAAUGACCUGUAAUUCAUGUGUGAAGAGCAUAGAAGGGAUGAUUUCUACCAAAGAUGGAGUUAGAAGCAUUAAGGUCGAUUUAAAAGGGAAACGUGGGACAGUCAGGUAUUUAGAAGGUGUUGUUUUACCGGAAGAAAUUGCUGAGAAUAUCGCUGAUAUGGGGUUUGAUGCAAGCAUUGAGAUGGUUAAUGGGAAAAUGUAUCAAAAUAAAAGUGUGUCUAAAACCCCAAACGGAAUCACCGAAUCUGAAAAACCGGCCGAAACAACUUUAUCCCGCUGCCAACUUCACAUUAAAGGAAUGACGUGCGCAUCGUGCGUAGCCGCCAUCGAAAAGCACUGUUACCGCUUAAACGGAUGUCACAAAAUCUUAAUUGCCCUUUUAGCCGCCAGGGCGGAAAUCCAAUACGACCCGAACCUAAUCGAUCCGAACGAAUUGGCCGCUUCCAUAACCGAUCUCGGAUUUCCCGCCUCCGUUCUCCAACAAUCCGGAUUAGGCGAAUCCGAAUUAACUUUAAAAAUAACCGGGAUGACGUGUUCUAGUUGCGUGCACAAAAUCGAAUCCACCGUUUUAAAAAUGACAGGUGUCACAUCGGCCAACGUUGCGCUAACGACUCAUAGAGGGUGCUUUAAAUACGACCCGGAAGUGACGGGCGCCCGGGAUAUCAUUGAAGGAAUUAAAAAGAUGGGUUUCGAAGCGGAAUUAUUUUCGCGCGAACACAACGGCGAUUAUUUACAACAAAAACAAGAAAUUAAGAAGUGGCGAAACACUUUUUUGAUAUCUUUGUUGUUCGGUGGUCCGUGUAUGUUUGCGAUGGUUUAUUUCAUGGCGGUUAUGUCGAUAAAGGAAUCGCACGCGGAUAUGUGUUGCGUCAUCCCCGGAUUAUCAUUAGAAAAUUUGAUAAUGUUCGCUUUAUCGACUCCCGUUUUGAUUUGGGGGGGGAAACAUUUUUUUAUUCAAGCUUACAAAGCUUUGAAACAUCACACGACUAAUAUGGACGUUUUAAUUGCGAUGGCAACCUCGAUUAGUUACGUUUAUAGCGUGAUUGUGGUGGCGGCGGCGAUGAUCAUGCAGCAAGAUGUUUCGCCACAAACAUUUUUUGAUACACCACCCAUGUUGUUGGUUUUUAUCAGUUUGGGGCGAUGGCUCGAACAUAUCGCGAAAGGGAAGACGUCAGAGGCUUUAUCUAGGUUGUUAUCAUUAAAAGCAACUGAUGCAACGCUGGUUAGUUUGAAUUCGGAGAAGGAGGUGGAGAAGGAAAGGCAGGUUCAUGUUGAUUUGGUGCAAAGAGGGGAUAUUUUGAAGGUUAUACCUGGUGCGAAAAUUCCCGUUGAUGGGAAAGUCCUUCAAGGGCAAUCAAUGUGCGAUGAAAGCUUAAUAACCGGUGAAAGUAUGCCCGUUCCUAAAAAAAUUGGGAGUUCCGUCAUCGGGGGCUCCAUCAACCAACACGGCCUUUUAAUCCUCGAAGCGACCCACACCGGCGAAUCCACCACUUUAUCUCAAAUUGUGCGCCUCGUCGAAGAAGCCCAAACAUCCAAAGCCCCAAUUCAACAACUCGCCGAUAAAAUCGCGGGAUAUUUCGUUCCUAUCGUUGCAUUUUUAGCCCUUUUAACACUUUUAAUUUGGAUGAUUAUCGGAUUCACCGAUAUCGAUUUACUCCCGAUUUCGGAGCACGAACGGAUUGGAUUUACCGACACCGAAGUGAUUUUCCAAUUCGUUUUUCGUUGCGCUUUAAGUGUAUUAGCCAUCGCUUGUCCUUGCGCUUUGGGAUUAGCGACCCCUACGGCGGUGAUGGUGGGAACUGGAGUGGGGGCGAUGAACGGAAUCUUAAUAAAAGGGGCAGAACCCCUCGAAAACGCCCACAAAGUCAAAGCGAUCAUGUUCGAUAAAACGGGAACCAUAACAAAAGGAUUACCGGAAGUUUCAAAAAUCUUUUUAAAAAUCGAUUUAUUAUCCCCCCUCCUUGUUUUUGCCGGAUUAGGAACGGCCGAGAAAGAUUCCGAACACCCAAUCGGUUUCGCAAUCGUCCGAUUCGUUAAGGAGAUCUUCCAAACGGAAAUAACCGGAAUUUCGAGCGAUUUUCAAGCCGUACCCGGAUGUGGAAUGAAAUGUAAAGUCUCCGGAUUAAAUUCACUCAUUUCGAAUCACAAUUCUUAUUCGAAAGAUUUAAUUAAUUUCUUAUCGUACUUAAAUAAAGGCUCGUCAGGUAAAUUCCAACUUAAAGACGUUGAAAUCGAAAUAACCGGGAGCGAAAAUUUAAAACUCAACGAAUUAUUAGGGGGCGAACUCAACAAUUUUAAUGACCCGGAUAAAUUUGAGGUUAUUGUGGGAAAUCGAGAGUGGAUGAACCGAAAUGGGAUGAUUUUAAAACCGGAUAUUGAUUUUAAAAUGAACGAGGAGGAGGAAAUGGGGAGAUCGGCCGUUUUAUGCGCUAUAAAUGGUGAAAUUGUCGCUAUGGUUAGUGUCGCGGAUACGGUUAAACCCGAAGCACAUCUCGCGGUUUAUUCGCUGAAAAAAAUGGGGUUAGAUGUUAUUUUAUUAACUGGUGAUAAUCGGAAAACUGCUACUAGUAUUGCAAGGCAAGUUGGGAUUACGAAAGUGUAUGCUGAAGUUCUUCCUUCUCAUAAAGUCGCUAGAGUACAAAGAUUACAAUCACGUGGUAUUAAAGUUUGUAUGGUAGGUGAUGGGAUUAAUGAUUCUCCAGCUUUGGCCCAAGCGAACGUUGGAAUGGCUAUAGCAGCCGGAACUGAUGUUGCAGUGGAGGCCGCUCACGUUGUUUUAAUGAAAAGCGAUCUUUUGGAUGUUGUGGCUUGUUUGGAAUUGUCAAGAAAGACCGUUAAUCGAAUUAGAAUGAACUUUUUGUUGGCCAGUUUAUACAACUUACUUUGUAUUCCUUUAGCGGCGGGUGUUUUCAGUAAGUUUGGAUUAAUGUUAGCGCCUUGGAUGGCGAGUGGAGCGAUGGCUUUAAGUAGUGUUUCGGUCGUUGGGUGUUCUUUAUUAUUAAAGUUGUGGAAAAAACCGACUAAAGAAGAAUUAGAAACUUCCGAGUAUCUCGCUUUGAAGAAUAAUUGCAACGACUUGGAUGGAAUUUCGGUUCAUCGGGGAUUAGAUGAUAUCGAAAACGUCGGGAAUGGAGAUACAACUUUAUCAAGGUUUUUGGGACGUACAAAACACGAUUUGUUGCUUUCUACUGAGAAUGAAGACGAAUUAUCUUUCGUUUAUAAAAAUAAAAAGCGGCCAACAUCACAAGAGAAUAAGAUCGUUUAGGUAAAGAAAAUGAUACCUAGGUAGGUGAAAAUUUUAUUUCCUAUUUGUACUUAAAGCGAGAAUAAAAAAUGAGAUUAUUUUUAACGAAAAAGAGUACGCAAAGAAUUACCAUUAUUAAAAAAAAUAUAAUAAAAUAAAUAAUAAUCUGUGAUUCCUCUUAAAUUAUUAUUAUUAUUUUAUUAUUAUUUUUUUUCUGUUUUCAUUGAGAUGUGCGAAUCUUAAGAUAAUGCGAAUUAGGUUAAUUUUUAUUGAGAUUAUUAAUGUUUUAUGAGAAUUAUUUUAUUUUUUGAGGACGUAUAUGAAAAUAUCAAAAAUAUCUAACUGUAUAUAAUAUUGUAUACAACAUAAUUUUAUUGUAAUUAAUCGAACGUUAACAAACAUCACAUUUAUGAACAGAUUUUAGUUCUUUUGGUUAAAACAAACUGAUAUUUUUGUAUUUUACUGUUUACAUUAUUAUUAUUAUUGAAUAGAAAAGAUACAAAUAUUA